AUGGAGAAUGAUUGUAACAAAUUUUUCCAAAAAUGCCACAAGUGUCAAAUUCAUGGAGACUUGAUAAAGGUUCCUCCAACAGAACUAAACACAAUGUCGUCACCUUGGCCAUUCACCGCUUGGGGCAUGGAUGUCAUAGGACCAAUUAAGCUGGCAGCGUCAAACAAACACCGUUUCAUUUUGGUCGCCAUAGACUACUUCCCCAAGUCGGUGGAAGCAGCAUCUUAUGCAUCAGUAACAAAGAAAGUAGUCGCAGAUUUUGUUUCUGAAUCACUCACCAAAAUUCGACCGCAUACUGGCCACAAAUUAAUGAAUGGGGCUGUGGAAGCCGCCAACAAAAACAUCAAGAGGAUCCUCAGAAAAAUGAUUGAUAACUACAAAAGUGGUAUGAACAACUGCCAUAUGCAUUACUGGGAUAUUUUACUACUGCCAGGCCUGUUGGUGUAUGGCACUGAAGCAUUAAUACCCGCCAAAGUAGAAAUCCCUUCACUUCGAAUCAUACAAGAAGCUGAGCCGGACAAUGCAGAAUGGAUCCGCAAGAGAUGUGAACAACUAGCUUUAAUAGAUGAAAAGCGAAUGAUUACUGUACUAUCAGGAGGAGCAGUGGUACUUGCUGAAAAGGAUGGUCAAGAGUGGCUAAAAGCAAUAAAUUCAGAUGCCAUCAAGAGGUACUACAUGUGA